CGCGCGUGCCCCAGGUUUCCCGCUUCGCUGACGUGACCCGAUGACGACUGACGCCGGUGGUCGGCAGGGUGGGGGUAGGCACAGCAGUCGGGGACGCGCCACGUAGGGACUGGCUCCGCCCGGACUGACAGUUGGCGUUGGCCAGGACUUCCUGGCCCUGCCCGAGGACAGUGGGACAGGCCAAGAGGAAGCACGGACGCGGACCGAGCGCUGCUGGGACAGCGGGAGGAUGCUGGUGGUGGAGGUUGCCAAUGGCCGCUCGCUGGUGUGGGGAGCCGAGGCCGUGCAGGCGCUGCGGGAACGCCUGGGGGUCGGGGGCCGCACUGUAGGUGCCCUGCCCCGCGGGCCCCGCCAGAACUCGCGCCUGGGCCUCCCGCUGCUGCUCCUGCCCGAAGAGGCCCGACUCCUGGCCGAGAUAGGCGCUGUGACCCUCGUCAGCGCCCCGCGCCCAGAUCCUCGCAGCCAUGGCUUGGCUCUGGCAUCGUUCAAACGCCAGCAAGAGCAGAGUUUCCAGGAGCAGAGCACGUUGGCUGCAGAGGCCCGUGAGAACCGUCGUCAGGAGCUCCUAGAGAAGAUCGCCGAGGGCCAGGCUGCCAAGAAGCAGAGGCUAGAACAGGAUUCAGGGGCCGACGAGAGCCAAGAGGCUGGGGGAAGCAAACCUGCCCAAGGGAGUGAGACCAACAGUGAUAGGCAGGCUUCUGGGGAGCAAGAGGUGGCAGGAUCCUCUUCUCCCCAACCAGGGCCUUCAAAUGGGGUGACCCCUUUGCCCAGAUCUGCCCUGCUUAUCCAGCUGGCCACAGCCAGGCCUCGACCAGUGAAGGCUAAGCCUCUGGACUGGCGUGUGCAGUCCAAAGACUGGCCCCAUGCUGGCCGCCCUGCCCACGAGCUGCGCUACAGCAUCUACAGAGACCUGUGGGAGAGAGGCUUCUUUCUCAGCGCUGCAGGGAAGUUUGGUGGUGACUUCCUGGUGUAUCCUGGUGACCCACUGCGCUUCCAUGCUCACUACAUUGCUCAGUGCUGGGCGGCUGAGGACCCCAUCCCACUGCAGGACCUGGUCUCUGCUGGCCGCCUGGGAACCAGCGUCAGGAAGACACUGCUGCUCUGCUCCCCUCAGCCUGAUGGUAAGGUGGUCUACACCUCCCUGCAGUGGGCCAGCCUGCAGUGAGCAUCGCAGACCCAGGAGCUGUGGCUGAGUGUGGUGAGAGCCUUCCUGGAUGGUCAUCUCCCG